GUACCGCCGCGCAAACAGUUGAACGCGCGCGGUGUUUUAGAAUGCGGCCAAAAAUCAGAGAAGAGAACAGAUUCAAAGGCUUCGCUUGGUGGCCAUGAACGUGCGCGAUCGCGAAGUAACCACGGAGAUACGGUGCCGGGAAAGAGUUCGCUGAUCUACGCGUCUCCUCUGUCAGUCGUUCCAGCGACCAUCAGUUGACCAGAAAUCUCCAUUACGCGUUCGCUAGAGGAUCAUCGUUUUCCUCGGACCACGGGUAGGUUCGUCCUUCGAGGAUCCCGAGGACACGGGAUCAACUUGUCGAUUCUCAGACCAAGUGAGACCGGAUUUAGUUGAAACAUGGAGGAUGAAGGAUCUCCGUCCGCUGUAAGCGGCGAAAACGCGUCGAAAGCACCGGAAAGUAUAACAGGAUGGAUGGAAUCGACUGUCGUCACAGCGUCGCAGACUACUUUAGGACAGAUGUUGUUUAAGCUUGUCGAUUCGUUUCUGUGGGUCGUCGAGAAGUCUACGCAAUGGAGUCUACCGGCUCAAGAGAUCAACGCCGAAGAGAAUGGAAAGGUGUUUGGAAAAAUAGAGCUAGUUAGGCCUUUGCCUUGGAUUCUAUUUCUGCCGGGGUUGGUCAUCUUGCGUAUCGUCAGAGUUGCGCUCAACGCGGGUGCUUUCGUUCUGAGAUACCCACGAAUAGAACCGAGUGGAAUGGUAAAGUUCUUGCAAAAGAGUCGCAGACGACUAAGAGCAUUGAACAUAAAGGCGAUAAAAUCUGCGAGGCGCAAGAUGGGUAACAAGGACAAGAGGUUGACGAUGAUCGAGACCGAGAAAGCCCUGAUCAGAUCUAUCAGAUUGACACUGUCUUCACUGUCUUGUUUGGACACGUCUAAGUCAUCACCGUCGCCUCCACCGACUAAAAUUCGCAUAACCGGCAUGGAUCUCGAAAUGGUAGCAACACCGGACGAAAAGUCAACCACGGAGUCAGCUGAAAGUCCUAUGCACACUGAAGCUAAACGCAAGUUCUCUCAGGUGAGCUCAGACGAAGAGAGCAGCGAUGAGUCUGACAACGAAACACUGCUAGCAAAGCUCGACAGACUUGCAUUGGAAGAUAGCACGGACGACCCAGAUUUCGAUCCCACCAACUGUAGCACGGAAUCGAGCACAUCGAACAGUGAAAACGAGGUGGGCCAGAACACGUCUGUAACCGAUGUAACGGAGGUUCAAAAAGAGCUCACAGAGAUUGUAAAAGAUAACAAAGAGAAGCCCACGAUAUUUCCUCUUGAUAAGGAUACGUGCAUGGCAACGACAGAGGAGAUGGUAGCAGGCAUCACAGGUGUGGACAGUUCGGAGUCCAAGCUGCAAACAAUCAGCCGCACAACCAACGAUUUUAUCAACGGAGAAGUAUCUUCUUCUUUGCCACCCAUGCCCCCAGUAUCGACACCUCCGCCACCACCUCCACCACCCCCGGAAGUCACAAACGGAGUGGUCUCCGAGCACAAGACAUUCAAUCGCAGAUCUAGCAAUGCUCCGCCGGCGCCGCAGCAGCGAGGUGUCGCAGCGAAAGAGCACGCGCCAGCCACUCAAGAAAAGAAGAUCAGUCCGCGCAAGAAGCCCGGACGAAAAGACGUUAAAUAGAGAACGAGUUCUCGAUGAAAGAAAUGAUCUGAGCUAGACACGCUCUGGCUUUGCGCAAGGUCCAUAUGCCACGAUGGGGUUUAUGGGUAAAACGAGUCCUCCUGUUCGCAUCACGAGUUCAGUCUUACGAAACGAUUGCUUCUUUUUGGUACAUGUAGCAGCGCACGAGGAAUAACGUUAUCGAUAAGGUUGCAGAGUUGUAAUCGAGCGGUCAAGAUCGAAUGUUGCGUGAUUAGCGUUGGAAUGGGUGUGCUUCCGGAGAUACGACUGUGUUAUCGGCUAUUAUCGACCGCGAUUUAAAGCGAAUCGUUGGCGUUGGAGAGACAUUUAAUCGGUAGAUGUGACCAAACCCGAGGCUCGUUUAGCCAUAUGCUUUUCGGCCUGGCGCAAGUACAGAACAGCUAUCGAAUUGAAAUUGAAGCUUUUGAAGAGAAAAAGAAUCAAUUUCAAAUUUUCUUAUCGCUCUAAUAACUUGAUAUCGUUAAGGAGACGAUAUAUUUUUUGUACCGUCAAUUAUGAUUUUGCUUCGUGAACUAGCUAGUGCGAUUUCGAUAAUUUGUAUUCCCAUAUCGUUUGAUCGCGAUCGCGGAUCAUUGGAGAUGAUUAUUUCUCGCCUCUUCGCCGAACUAUAUUAUCCAUUCACCCCCUUAUUAUUUCUCCGUUCCGUUGCAUCGUUCGAUAUGCGAAAAUUCACGAAUGUAUGUAUGCGAGUCGACGAAAGGAAUGGAUAUUCCGAAGUUUAUUAUGUAUAUCUCACGUUUCACGACCGUACGGUUAUCUCAUCGCGCGAGGCCAACUUGUAUGGUUAUCGCUGUAGAUGUACAAUGAAUUUUUGCAUUAAUAAAUUAUUUAAUCCAA